CUCUUGCAGUGCCGCGUUCAAAUUUCGAACAGUUGAAUGCGUAUUGUAACUGUUUGGCGGCAAUUUUAACGUGCCGCGCGACGUUGCCACUUCGCGCUUCGAAUUAGGAGGUUCCAUCCAUAAGGAAUCCAGCCCUGAUUCAAUCAAGCAAAAACAUAACAGCUAUGUCUGUCCCAAACUCCGUCGAAGAAGGAGUGAUCCAAGGUGAAAUGAGCCUUGUUAUUUGAGACAAAGAGUCGUGUCCAGAAGGCAGGACGGGUUCAGAAACAAUGCUGAAGGAGCGGGAGAGCUCAGAGGGGUCACCCGCUACUCCUGACGAGUGCGCGGGGUGCGGGGGCAGGAUACAGGACAGGUAUUACCUCCUCGCCGUGGACCGUCAGUGGCAUGGUUCCUGUCUGCGCUGCUGUGAGUGUCGUUUGCCUCUGGACUCAGAAUUAACUUGUUUCUCUCGAGAUGGCAACAUUUAUUGCAAGGAAGACUAUUACAGAUUGUUCUGCGUCAAGCGGUGUGCGAGAUGCGGUAAUGGCAUAACAGCCAAUGAGCUGGUGAUGAGAGCGAGGGACAUGGUAUACCACCUGACGUGCUUCACCUGCGUGGCCUGCGGCACCCUGCUGUCCAAGGGCGAUGUGUUCGGCAUGCGAGAUGGCCUGGUGUACUGCAGGCCGCACUACGACAGCGCAUGCUUGGACGAGUAUUGUGAUGAAGAUAUGAACAUGUACAGAUGUCAAGAAAUGCACAGCGAAGGCGAUUCCCCAUCGCAAUACUACUCGGGAGGGCCAAGCCAAAAAGGACGCCCAAGGAAAAGAAAAGUCGCCCAAGGGUCUCCUGAAGACAUGCAAGUACAAACGAUGCGGAUGGCGAGCACAGCAUUAGAUAUAUUACACCGUGGAGAUCUGUCCUCUUCUAUGGAGUCCUUGGCCUACGACUCAUCAGUGGCCUCUCCGGGGAGCGUGACCAGCCACACGCAGCGCACCAAGCGCAUGCGCACAAGCUUCAAGCAUCACCAACUGCGCACGAUGAAAUCGUAUUUCGCAAUCAACCAGAAUCCUGACGCUAAGGACUUGAAACAGUUGGCACAAAAGACGGGAUUAUCUAAACGAGUGUUGCAGGUAUGGUUCCAGAACGCUCGCGCAAAGUGGCGUCGGAAUAUGAUGAGACAAGAAACGUCCGCUCAUGGUCAGAUAACCACAAAUGGAAAUGGGAGUCACGUCAAUGGCAAUUUAGUGACCGGCUCCGUCCCACCCCCCAACGUUGGCCCAAUGAUGAUACCAGAACCACUCCAGUCGAUCGAAGACUUACGGGUCCAUACACCGCAUCCCAUGGCUUUCAAUGAGAUGUUUUGACAUUCGUAAAUUGUAGACAGAUGCAGAUCUUACAAAUACUGAACUCAAACUCAGAAACGUUUCGUUCGCACCUUCCCGUAAAUAAAUAGAAGUAUGUAUAAUGUGAAAACUGCACCAUAAAAUAACCGUAUGUAGAGAUGUAAUUUUAAAAUAUUUCCACAACGUUGCAACCAUUCAUUAACAGCUAACUGCAUAUUUAUAGAGAAAUAUACGUUCCCAAUUAUGAUCGUAAAAAAGUAGACGUAAUAAUAUUGUACAAUUAAAUUAUAAACCAAAUAACUAUUUUCGGGAAUAACGUUAUAAGCUCCACGUACGGCAGUGUUACUUAAGUUCAAAUUAUUGCGUAGAUAUACUAUUUAUUAAGUUUCAAAUAAUCGAUUCUUUAUUUUUGCAUAUUCCUAAGUUAUUGUUAUUACUAUUAAAUGUAUGUGUGAAAUUAUUUAAUAUAUGGUUAGAUAUUAGAGUGACUGUAUAUUAUAUAACUACCGAAUUAUGCAUUCCGUAGUCUUAGUAUAAGGUUUCAUCUCUUUGUAUAUACAGUGAUACUAGUCAAACUUGUAGUAAGUAGAACUCAGAACGUAUAUAUCGUUUAGAUAAUAACAGUAGUUACUGAUCAUAUCUUUAAUAUAAAACUGUUAUAUAUAUGAAAUG